AUGGGCAAAUCUUUAGAUCAACUAGAUAUUGUUCUGAAUCCCGACAUCAAACACUGGGAACACCUAAUUGGCUGGAUUACAAAAACUGAAGGAUGGAUGUUCCAUGUCGAAGAUUACACGACAUGGUUAACUACUUUUGAAAAGUUCUGGUAUUUCUUCGCUAUCGAUAAAGAAACCCAGGAAGCAGUUGCUGGCUUGUCCAUGUCCUACGAACGUUCUGCAUCAGGGGAGGAAGAUGAGGACGUUUACUGCCUUGGAAUGUACUACGUUAAACCAGACUGGAGGAAUUCAGGCAUAGGAUGUAUGUUGUUCGACAAACUGAUGGCGAUCGCUGGAGAUGCUAAUAUUGCUCUGCAUGGAGUCUUGAAGAUGUCUCCAAAGUAUGCGGCUAAGUACGGAUUUAACAAAAUGCCAAAUUACAAGCACGAUUUUGCUUCAAUAACUACUGAGCAUCUUGUAUUACCAAAGCAGGAUAAUGAGCACACCAUAAAGGAUCUCGAGAAGAUAGAGGAAGCGAAGAUAAUCGCAUAUGACGUUGGAAUCAGUCAUCGGAGUCGUGCAAAGUAUCUUCUUAAAUUUCUUACAACUGGACAAUGCUAUGUCAAGGUUGCGCUGAACUCUGCAGAGGAAAUUGUAGGAAUCUGCUGCAUUCGAGUAGUGAUCACAAAUGACUUAUCGAUUGGUCCGUUCUAUGCAAACAACGCAGCAGCAGCACGAUCUGUCUUAGCCGCCACACUCGCUUCAAUUCCAGACAUUAAAAAGCACAAGAAUCUGUACUUCCUCUACCCAGCCAUUAACAGAGAAGCUCGCAAUUUAUUCGAAGCUAUCAGCGGAGGACACGCGAAGAUCCAGCCUUUCACCCAGUGUGCGUUUACGAAAAAACUGAUUCCAACAGCUGACGAAAAAGUUUUUGGAAUGAUUGAAUGCGCCAGCAGCCUUGCGUAA